AUGAAUUUGGUGGACUAUGCUCACGAGGGGACAGGCUUUCCCACAUGGCACAGACAACUCCUACUCUGGUUUGAGAGAGAGAUCCAGGUACAGACCAAGAACCACACCUUCAGACUACCAUACUGGGACUGGCGCGACCCCUCCCAGCGAGAAAUCCUCUUCAAGAAAGAAAGACUUGGAGAGAGUGUGGAUGGAGUAGUAAUCGGAGACUUGUUUACAAACUGGACCACUUCUUGCUGGGAAGACACUAAAGGAAUCGAGUACCCGAUCCCUAUCUGUAAUCCAACAAUAUCCUCUAACCAAGUCCUCCGCCGCUGUCCCAAUCCUAAACUCUGCAUUAAGGAAAACCCCAACUGGCCUAGUGCAAGUGAUGUGAAUGAAGCAAUCAACAUAGAAGACUAUGAUGCCAUUGCCUUCGACAGAUACGUCAACCAAUCAAAAAAGCCAAGUUUUCGCAAUUUUAUGGAGGGGUUUGUCGUUAAAUCUGACGGCUGUGAGGAAGAUGAUACUCUAUGCACUCCAGCUAAGUCUUCCAGCAUGCCUGCCGUUACCAGAAAACUUCACAACACGGUCCACAUUAUUUUAGGGGUAGGUGAUCUUGAGUGUAGCAUUGCGUUUGAAUACCAAGGUGUCAUGUCAUGUGUUGCGGCUUCUCCAAACGAUCCAAUCUUCAUCAACCACCACGCAAUGAUCGACUGUAUGCUGGAGAACUGGAUUAAGAAAAACAAGGAUAUUCUGUAUUACCCACUAUGUGAACAAAUUCGUGAAGGCCACAGAAAAUAUGACUACAUAGUACCAUUCAUGCCGCUCUACACCCACCAUCAGAUGUUCAACACGUCUGAUAAUUUCGGCUAUGAAUGUCCCGAUUUAUUCUCCACUCAGGCCACUAUAAAAGCUUCCACUACUUUCGUCAUGAUAGUAGCGGCUGUUGCUCUGAUUAUGACAGUGUUUUAG